AUGGCAACUUGCGCGGUGGAGGUGUUCGGGCUCCAGGAGGACGAGGAAAAUGUUCGAAUUGUGAGGGUGAAAGUUAUAGCUGGAAUAGGUCUUGCCAAGAAGGAUAUCUUAGGAUCUAGUGAUCCUUAUGUGAGAGUGACGUUAUAUGACCCAAUGAAUGGAAUUUUAACAAGUGUGCAGACGAAAACCAUUAAAAAGACUUUGAAUCCAAAAUGGAAUGAAGAAAUAUUAUUCAAAGUCCAUCCUCAGCAGCACCGGCUUCUUUUUGAAGUAUUUGAUGAGAAUCGGCUGACAAGAGAUGAUUUUCUAGGUCAAGUGGAUGUUCCUCUUUACCCAUUACCGACAGAAAAUCCAAGAAUGGAGAGACCCUAUACAUUUAAGGAUUUUGUUCUUCACCCAAGAAGUCAUAAAUCAAGAGUUAAAGGUUACCUGAGAUUAAAAAUGACUUAUUUACCUAAAACCAAUGGCUCAGAAGAAGAUAACGAAGAACAGGCUGAGGAAUUAGAGCCUGGCUGGGUUGUUUUGGACCAACCAGAUGCUGCCUGCCAUUUGCAGCAGCAACAAGAACCUUCUCCUCUACCUCCAGGCUGGGAAGAGAGACAGGACAUUCUCGGAAGGACCUACUACGUAAACCACGAAUCCAGAAGGACGCAGUGGAAAAGACCAACCCCUCAGGACAGCCUAUCAGAUGCUGAGAAUGGUAACAUUCAACUGCAAGCACAACGGGCAUUUACCACCAGGCGGCAGAUAUCUGAGGAAACGGAAAGUGUUGACAACCGAGAUUCUUCCGAGAAUUGGGAAAUUAUAAGAGAAGAUGAAGCCAUCUUGUAUAGUGAUCGGGCCUUCUCAUCACCUCCACCAUCAAACAACUCGGAUGUUCAGACUCACCUUGCAGAAGAAUUGAAUGCCUUACUUACUAUGGAUGGAAAUUCAGCCACUGGCCAGCCAGUAUCCAGCUCAAAUCAUUCCAGCAGAAGAGGCAGCUUACAAGCCUACACUUUUGAGGAACAGCCUACCCUUCCUGUGCUUUUGCCUACUUCAUCUGGAUUACCACCAGGUUGGGAAGAAAAACAAGAUGAAAGAGGAAGAUCUUACUAUGUAGAUCACAAUUCCAGAACCACUACGUGGACAAAGCCCACUGUACAGGCCAUGGUGGAGACCAGUCAGCUGCCAGCAAGCCAGAGUUUUUCUGCAAGCCCUCAACCACAGGUCCCCACAAGUGAUUCGGCUCAGCAGGUGACUCAGCCGUCUGAAAUGGAGCAAGGGUUCCUUCCUAAAGGCUGGGAAGUCCGGCAUGCACCAAACGGGAGGCCCUUCUUUAUUGACCACAACACCAAAACCACCACCUGGGAAGAUCCAAGAUUGAAAAUUCCAGCUCAUCUGAGAGGAAAGACAUCACUAGAGUCUUCCAAUGACCUUGGACCUUUACCUCCAGGAUGGGAAGAAAGAACUCACACAGAUGGAAGAAUCUUCUACAUAAAUCACAAUAUAAAAAGAACGCAGUGGGAAGAUCCUCGGUUGCAGAAUGUAGCAAUAACUGGACCAGCCGUGCCCUACUCCAGGGAUUACAAAAGGAAGUAUGAGUUCUUCCGAAGAAAGUUGAAGAAGCAGAACGACAUUCCAAACAAGUUAGAAAUGAAACUUCGCCGGGCAACUGUUCUCGAGGACUCGUACCGGAGGAUCAUGGGUGUCAAGAGAGCGGACUUCCUCAAGGCUCGGCUGUGGAUCGAGUUUGAUGGUGAAAAAGGAUUAGAUUACGGAGGAGUCGCCAGAGAGUGGUUCUUCCUGAUCUCGAAGGAAAUGUUCAACCCUUAUUACGGGCUGUUUGAAUAUUCUGCUACGGAUAAUUAUACCCUACAGAUAAAUCCAAAUUCUGGGCUGUGCAAUGAAGAUCACCUCUCCUACUUCAAGUUUAUUGGCCGGGUAGCUGGAAUGGCAGUUUAUCAUGGCAAACUGUUGGAUGGUUUUUUCAUCCGCCCAUUUUACAAGAUGAUGCUACACAAACCAAUAACACUUCAUGAUAUGGAAUCAGUGGAUAGUGAAUAUUACAAUUCACUAAGGUGGAUUCUUGAAAAUGAUCCAACAGAACUGGACCUCAGGUUUGUCAUAGAUGAAGAACUUUUUGGACAGACACAUCAGCAUGAGUUGAAAGUUGGUGGAUCAGAAAUAGUUGUCACCAAUAAGAACAAAAAAGAAUAUAUUUACCUUGUAAUACAGUGGCGAUUUGUGAAUCGAAUCCAGAAGCAAAUGGCUGCUUUUAAAGAGGGAUUUUUUGAACUAAUACCACAGGAUCUCAUCAAAAUUUUUGAUGAAAAUGAGCUAGAGCUUCUUAUGUGUGGGCUGGGAGAUGUCGACGUGAAUGACUGGAGAGAACACACCAAGUACAAAAACGGCUACAGCGUCAAUCAUCAGGUCAUUCAGUGGUUUUGGAAGGCUGUUUUAAUGAUGGAUUCAGAAAAAAGAAUAAGAUUACUUCAAUUCGUCACGGGCACAUCUCGAGUGCCUAUGAAUGGAUUUGCCGAACUCUAUGGCUCAAACGGACCACAGUCUUUCACGGUGGAACAGUGGGGUACCCCGGAAAAGCUGCCAAGAGCCCAUACGUGCUUCAAUCGACUGGACCUGCCGCCCUAUGAGUCAUUUGAAGAAUUAUGGGAUAAACUUCAGAUGGCAAUUGAGAACACUCAGGGUUUUGAUGGAGUUGAUUAG